ACGGACAAGGCCUAUCAGGCCCGGAUGCUGCUUCUGAUUACCGAAGCCAAGCAACGGUUGGAUGCAGUAGCAGCCGCAACAAAGGCAGAGGAUGCCGAGAAGGCACGUCUGCUGGCAAUUGAACAGCAGCGCCAGCAAGACGAGGCAGCAACAAAGGCUGCCGAUGAAGAACGAUGUCAACGACGCGAGAAGAUAUUCAGUGGAGAGCGAGCUUUCGGACUGGCGGGCUGAGGCUGAGAAUAGGAAACUGGAAGAGAGUGGAAACAAGAUCGCUCUACUCCUCUCCCAUCUCAAGGACCUCCUGGCCACGUACAUUGCACAGCAGGAGGACAUUCACAACCUCGACGACGCGGUUCAGACACACAAUCAGGUGUUUGACCAACUCACCAACCGCCUCCAGCAGUUGGAACAAACCGUCACCACCUCCGAUCGCCUCGAGGCAUUGGAGAUUGACGUCGGAUCCCUCAAGGACGGCGUGCAGUUACAGCAAACCGCAACGCAACAGUUGGAGCAGCGGAUCUGUACUGCCGCCAACCACUCGAGCUCGGAACCGCGCGAGACAACUCCAAAGUUCGAUGGGCAGGAGAUCUUCUGCGACUCGACGAAGACGGACCCGUUCCAUGGUUCCGCAAGCUCGAGCUCGAGUUGCAGCUCCACCACGUCAGCGAACACAAGCACCACGCACAUCCAAAUGGGCUUCAAAGCCAUCAAACACUACUUCAUCUCGAGAUUGUGUCCGGCGUUGGGCAAUGCAUUGACUCACGUCGAGGACACCCUGAUAACACUGGCAGAACUCUUCGACAAGGCCGCGCAGAUUAUUGUCACGAACAAGGAGGCCAAGAAUCUCCAGCGUUCGUCUGCACCAGGCCUGAGCAGAGAUCAGCAUCGGCCGAAAGUGGUCGUGGUCGAGGCGGCAACGCCAAACGACCAAACUAGCGAGGCCGUGUCUGCCAAUGAAGGGGACAGACUUGCAGCUUCUCGGGAAGGUGGCCACCCCGGCAAAGACAGAGGACGCGGCAAGCCGAAGACAAACACCGCAUCUAGCCCCGGGCCCGGCGCAGCAGCUCCAACCCUAUGGUCCCAUUACGGUCUCUCUGAGCAAGCAUACAAGGCUCGCACGAGAUUCCACUAUUGUUUGUGGUGUAACAACGAUCUCCACGACACAAUGAGGGAAAAGGAGGCAGCGGCAGCAGCUAGAGCCGUCGAUAUUGCUGAUCAGGUGGCUCUCCUUCGGAUCCCGGAAGCCAAUGCUGACCGGUUCCAGGAGGAACUAGCUGCUGUUGUAGCAGCCUUGGUCCGACUGCGGACCUUGGAAAACCUUGAGUCUCGUAUGACAACACUUGAGCAGCGAAACGAAGAGCUGCAGGCUAAAGUAAUUAGCCUUGAACAAUCCCAGCUGCCUGCCUCCCGCCCUCCUAACCCUCGAUCUGCUAUAAUCCCAACCUCUCAAGCCAACACAGCCCUCGUGCCAAGGGCAAGCGGAACUGUGGCAAGUGCAGGAACCGGCGCCAGCUCCUCGAGCGGCAGCACCGGCAGUUCUGCGCUGGUCACGGUCCUGAAUGCAGGGACUUCAGCCCAAAACGCCACAGUCCUUACUGGCGUUCAGUACAACGGUCCCAUGGUGGACAAGCGGGCGGCCACGCUGCCGUCCAAAUACGACGGGAAGGCAGACAUCACCUCUUGGAUUAGUUCCAUGCGGUCGUACUUCGAGGUCAUGCGGACACCGCAAGAGGACCGACGUAUGAUCAUGGGAACUAAUACCGAGCCUGCCGUACGAAAUCACAUUGAGCUCCAAGCUGUUGUUGUAGGCUAUGAGCGUAUAGACCUGACUGAUUGGUUGAAGGUCACCCCUGUUCACGCCCUUGAGGAUCUUCUCCUUGACCGGUACCGAGAUAAACAUGCUGCGCUCAAGGCUAGGCUGAAGCUUGAGGCCCUCAAGGGCCAAACAUGGAGGUCAUCCAUGCAGGCUUUGGAACAACACUUGACUGGUCUGUUCACCACUCCGGAUCUGGGAAUGACUGACGUAUCUUGUGUGCGCAUCACCUUUGACAAAGUCCGCACUGUCACACAUGAGCUGAAUUUCUAUGUCCUGGAUAAGUGUCCUUUCGACGCGGUCAUUGGCUUGGGCUGGCUAAAGGCUCAUUGCCUAAGGACCACGUGGGCGGACAAUCAGUUCGUGGUACUUGAUGCCAAGGGGAACGAGCGUACCAUCUUAUUAGAUGAGACGCGCGAUUCCCCUGUGACUCUUCUAAGUGCUAACAAAUUCUGCAGGCCUAGCGAGUCUGAGUUUGGCGCACUUGUUUUGUUUGUACCAAAGAAAGGAGGCAAACUUCGGAUGUGUAUUGAUUAUCGUGGCCUGAAUCGAAUCACCCGAAAGAAUGCGUAUCCUUUGCCCCGCAUUGAUGAUCUGCUAGAUGCGGCAGGUGGGUGCAAAGUCUUCUCCAAGAUCGACCUCAAGUCUGGCUACCACCAGAUUGAAGUUGAUCCGAGUGACCAGCACAAGACAGCAUUCAAGACACGUGAUGGGCUGUACGAGUUCAUCGUUAUGCCCUUCAGUCUUACGAAUGCACCGGCCACCUUUCAGUGCCUCAUGGACAAGGUACUUCGCCAUCAACUCAACAUGUUUGUGGUUGUGUACAUUGACGAUAUCUUGAUCAUCAGCAAAACCAUAAAGGAGCACCUCAAGCACCUUGAGGAAGUUUUGCAGGUCCUCAAGGAGGCGCAGCUGCACCUCAACUUGGAGAAAUCUGAGUUUGGGAGGGACAACGUCAUCUAUCUUGGGCAUCGGUUGUCUGCAAACGGCCUUGAGCCAGAGGCAACCAAGGUUGAGGACAUCCGAAAUUGGCCUCAACCGGCAAACGUACGCGAACUGCGUUCUUUCCUUGGUCUGGCCUCAUAUUACCGGAAGUUUGUGCCCAAAUUCUCUGUCAUUGCUCAACCUCUCUCAAGACUAACCAGCAAGAAUGUUGCCUAUGCAUGGUGUGAGAAGUGUGAGACUGCGUUCCAAGCCUUGAAAGAGGCAUUGGUGAGUCAUCAUGUGCUUCGCAUUGCCGAUCCCAACCUCACUUUCGUAGUUACUACGGAUGCGAGCCAGUUCGGGAUUGGUGCUGUGCUGCAGCAAGAUGAUGGUGAUGGCCUGCGUCCGCUCGAGUACUACAGCAAACGCAUGCCCAGCCAUAAGGGGCCGGGUGCUGGAAACAAGAUGGCGCGAUGGUUGUCUCCCCCGACUUAUACCAGCGGUCCACAAAUGCCAGUAGACGUAAAGGAUGGGGUGUCGGUCGUCCUCCCGGAAGAUGGGGCGUGGACGGACCUUGAACCAGCAUAUCAAACCCUAAUGCUGGAAGGGGAGGACGCGUUCCUAUGGAUAGAGACGGUAUGGGCUAAUGUUAGCUUGACAAGGUUGUCGCCAAGUUUAAUGGAUUUGGAGUUCCGGGGAACAGUGGAAGCUCGAGGGCGGGUUUACUUGUCGCAAGAUGGAGAGAAUGCUAUGGUCGUAGAGUUGGCAUUCGGGAAUGCGCCGGACGAGCUGUUUAGGAAGGCUGAAGUGGAGGUUGUGUGGGCCGCGUAUCAGCGAAGGGAGAUGGAAAUGGAAAGGGUAGAUAUGCGGGUGGAACUUGGGGAUAGAGGAAACAUGAGGUGGCCCGUCAGAACCAUGCGAUGCGUGCUGCCUCCCUUCCUAGUGGAUGCGGUGUUUGGAAUCCGGAGCAGGCUGGUAAGGAUGUAUCAGUCCAUGACGAACCUUGGACUAUACCAAUGCGCUAGGCAGGAUUUCUUUCGGUUGUCAGUAGAAAUGGGGCCGUUUGAGGGGAACUGGGCGGACGAACUGGCCGAGAUACUAAGCUGCCUUAGCAUGGACAAUAUCUAUGUCUCUAGCCCUGUACAUUGGGGGAUAGUGUAUAGAAAUGUGGCAAUAGGGCAAACAUUUCUGGAGGGGGUGAAAGAGUUGUUAUAUGACGAAGAGGACGACUUCAGUGAUGAGGACGAGGAUGAGGAGAUAGAGGAUUGGGACUUCUGAGGAGGGGGACUUGACCUUGGAAAAAAACGGGUGGCCUGGUAUUGUGCAGGAAGGGAAAAGGAUGACUAGAGAAGAGAUGAUGAUGGAAUACACCUUCAAGGGAUGGGAACCAAGACGACUCAGAGGGGGGGUAGAGAUGCCUAUACCAACGGAAAACGAAUGGAGAGGGACCACGUGCGACGGGGUUGGGUUUGAGGUUGCCCGGGAAUUAUCGUAUGUAUGGAUAGAGCGGAUUUGGAACCCAAUAAG